AGACAACACACCACACUACCACAACAACCACUCCGAUCGCUACCACUACUACAGCCGUAUUCGAGACAGCCUGCCGCUCUUGCCAUCCUCCCGGCCUGCGAAUUGCUCCUAUGCACAAACCUCAACCUCAUUUGUCGCUUGAUCAUCUUCACCAACUCGACUAGCCACCAGGCCAUGGUUUACAAAGUCCCCCGCCCUCGAGCGGGCUGAUCCCUCAGCCAUACCAGGCUGCUCCACAAGAAUGUGUCGAUAAUGACCCUGGUUCAAAAGCAUGUCUACCUUGCCACCUUUGCUGCAUUCGUUGCCUGGGGCUUGGCUGUUCGGUCGCUGCCGAUACUGCGAUUCAUCGGUUACGCCUUCACCGCCGGUGUCUUGCUCUCUCUAUGUCUCCUUCUCGCCGCCACUCUCUUCUUCUCGAGGCCGCGCACCAGACAAGGCAAUGCACGCCCUCUAAGUAGCCCAAUCCCAAACUUCUUGAUCCCUUCCAAGUGGGCCUCCGAACUAGCCUCCCUCGACUCCUCCCGGCAAUAUGAUUCGGUCGACCUGUACGAUCGGUCCUUCGUCGUCUCCCAGGCCAUUGAUAGGCUGAUAGCUUUGGCCCUGCGAGAUUUCGUCUCCUCUUGGUAUGGAAACAUCACCAAGCAACCAACUUUUGUCAAUGAGGUGGAUAGAAACAUUCGCGCAGCGUUGGAGGAACUCCGUGAUCGCAUACUGCGUCAGGACAUGGUCAAUAUCCUCGUGUCCAAGAUUGUGCCCAUCGUCACAACCCAUCUUCGGGAUUACGACCAUGCUGAGCGCUUGGUCCGUGGUAGAGCAUUGAAUAGAAAUGUGACCGAGUCUGAAGAGCUCGAAAUGGCCAUCGCCACAAAGUAUCGAGACGGCAAACUACACCCCGCUGCGGCCCUCACCUAUUCCGACACCAAAACUGUCCAGCAAGGCCACCUUCGAAAAGUGCUGGUGCGCAUCUUACCCGACCUUCUCUCGCCGAGUAUGAUGGGCAGUCGCGCUACCAUGGUCCUGGUCAAGGAAAUAGUCGCCUGUGCAGUUCUCUUUCCCGUCAUCCAGUUGUUGGCUGACCCUGACACCUGGAAUCAAAUCAUAGAAGCCUACGGCAGGACAACUCUUCAGGAUCGAAAGACAGUCAAGCGCAUGCGUGCUGCAUUAGACGAGCAUACUUCUCCACUUCCGAGAUCCAAACCCGAGCAAGAACUGCCCCGAUUGGCUCCUGGCGACAGCGAGCGUGCGUUUGAGCGUUUUGUUAGAGCCAUUCGCAAGACCAGAAACCUUUCGGACGCUCGUCGUUUCCGAAGUUCCAUUGCUAGCCAAAUCCAGCGUGAAAGCCUCGUUGAAGGACAAGAUCCGGUCUAUCUGCGACGUCUCGAAAUGGCCAAGCGCGUCCUCGAUCAAAAGAUAUCGAAAUUGAGUCAAUCUUCUUCGGCUCCACCAAUCAAUCAGCCACAGCCUGAUGCGCGCUCUUCGACCCCUGCCAAACCUCGUGAAUGGACCUUGAUCGACAUCAUGCAUACCGCCUCAGGGCUCUCUUACUUCAUGGAGUACAUGGACCGACAACGCAAAAUGUCCUUGGUCCAGUUCUGGGUUGUCGUGGAUGGUUUCCGCAAUCCUCUCGAGGACGACUUUGGUGACGAGGGAAUCUCCGGCUUCCAGCAGACUUGGACAGAUGCAGACCGUAUGGAUAUUGCUCAAAUUAGCGAGGCGUACAUGACGAAGCCUGAGCUGGAGAUACCCAACGAAUCUAAAGAAGCAAUCAGAGCCUUCCUCGUCGCUGGAAGGAACGCAACUCCACCGCAAUAUCGGGCUGCAAGGACUGCAAUCCUGUCCGCUCAAUCCGCUGUCUUGGAAGACUUGACAACAAAUCAUCUCCCCAAUUUUCAGAAAUCGGACCUCUACUACAAAUUUCUUGCAUCGGUAGAAGUUCCUGCCGCAGCACAGCGUGUGCAGAGCGCAGGCAAUAUCAGCACAUUGAACACAAAUGCUCCCGCUCCUUCUGCAAAGCCAGCUACCCACCUUGUUACUACUGCGAGGUCUGGCCCUCAGGCUGCUGCCAAGGCUAAAGACUUACGACGAGCCGCAGUGUCUUCCUCGGACGUCCGCAGUUUGGGAUCCUCCAAACUAUUCGAUGAUGACCUUCCUAGACGCACUGGUCCCUCGGCGCCUCUCUUCGACGACGACUAUGAUACAGAUCCACUCGCGCACUCCACCAAUAGCCUGGGUCAUGAAUCGUUGAAUGAUGAUGCGGUGGAGCAACGCCAGGUGAUUGAGAGCAUGGAAGCAGCCAUGAAUAACAUUAUGACUGGUGCUCCAAUGGACGAGACCACAGGAUAUGAUGAAGAUGCUCUUUUUGGGUCUCCCACCUCUGCGGUGAGAUCGACCAAAGCGGCCGACUCUCCACGUGGCUCGGUUGACAUACAGGGCAGUGACAGCGCAUCCUUGUUCAAACCGAAGCCGAGCCUGGCAACUCUCGGUCUGGUGAACACGGCCUCCAGGAUUGGUGUUUUCCGAGACAAUGACCUUUUUGGCGACGAAGAAAAGUUCUUGGAAGACGAAUACGUCGACGAGGGGGAUGAGGAUGGCAAGAAUGGAGAUAUCGAUCACGAUGAGAUUCACGAAGCUGCGCCUGGUGAUCUGGGUCUCGCUGAAGCCAUUGCAGCUCUGACGAGUGACAUUGAACGACUGGUGUCACAGGAGGGAGUCGUCGACGCUCUGACGCGAAAGGCCGAAUUGACCAACAAUGUUGCCGAGCUGAGAAUCCUGUCCAAAUCGAGAGCAAGCCUUCAGCGAGAGAUCCGACGGAAGGAGCUGCAGCGACAGCAGUAUAUCAUGCAGGAAAGCGACAACAGUCUGUAUGGACGAUCGAGGAUCUCGAUUGGUUCAAUAGUGGUGGGCAAAGAAGAAGAUGGCCGAGAGUUUGCGCUGUAUGUGAUUGAGGUUCAGCGACAAGCAGGUGACCAAAUGCCGGCGGCAGCAUGGGCUGUACCGAAACGAUACAGCGAAUUCCAUGACUUGCAUCAACGGCUGCGACGGCGGUACCCGUCGAUUAGGAACCUGGAAUUUCCCCGAAGAAGAAUGGUAAUGAAGCUGCAAAAGCAAUUUCUGCAAAAUCGCAAGCUUGCCCUGGAAAACUACCUGCAGCAGCUAUUGAAGAUGCCAGAUGUCUGUCGCAGUCGAGAAUUCCGAGCAUUCCUUUCGCAAUCGUCGAUUGCGGCGCAUGACUCGAGCAAUGGAUCCGAGACUCAGGACAUUGUCAGUCGAUUGUACAACUCUGUCACGGAUGGGAUGGACGAAUUCCUCGGCAACAUUGCUGUACUUGACCAGUUAUCAGUAGCCGGUCAGAACUUGAUCUCCGCUGCAACUAGUCAGCUGGGGAUGAAGGAAGCGAGCAUAGUUUCACUUGACGCAGGGCCAGUGGCAGAAGCAGAAGCGGAGCUAGCAGCAUUCGAAGACAAGGAGCUUGAGCCAUUUGUCAAACCCAUUUGCGACAUUUUCUUGGAGACAUUCGAGCUGAACAGAGGAAACAAUUGGCUUCGAGGCCGGGCCGUCGUUGUAGUGCUCCACCAACUCCUCGGUGGCACAGUGGAACGCAAGGUGCGAGAAGUAGUCAAAGGCUUUACUUCGGACGAAGCACUUUUGAAGUAUGUCACGAUGGUCAGCGACACCAUGUGGCCGGGUGGAGGAAAGAUGCGAGAAUCCAAACCGCGCACCACAGCAGAGAAGAAAAAGACCAAAUCCGAGGCGGGCAUGAUGCUGGCGACGCUGGUGCCGGACCUGGCGGCGAGUGUGGUCGGGCGUGCAAACGCGCAGGCGGCAGCUCGAAGAAUCUCAGCGACUAUGAACAAUGCACGAUUGAACCAGCAUUUGGUGUUUACUAUACUUGACGAACUCAUUGGUGUGUUGUUCGAGCCUGUUAAAACAGGAGGCGAAGGGAAGGAAUGAACGGAGAGAUCUGUGAGGUUUGAUCGAGCCUGUUCGAUAGAGGUCUACCACGGCCGGCAGACAGAAGAGCAUGAUUCUAUUGUUGUAUGAGCGUUUGAAAUACAGCAUGGCGGACAGGAAUGGCCGCUCGGGUGCCAUGUCACGUAUACAUGUGAUGUUGAUCGAUAAGACUUGUCCAGGUCAUCGUCAUCGUUAUGAUCAAAUUUGUUCGAUCUUUGAGUUAUGAUACAAGAGAUGUUGUAUAGAGAUUUUGUACACAGACCCCCUUGGGCG